UUAGGCUGAUACAUCAUGUUUAGAAGAGACAUGGAAAACAAAUUAAUUGCGAGGGUUUGAGAACUUGUAAUUGCUGCGUGCAUGAGACGAGGAUGUUCUGAGUGUGGUGGACUCCAUGUUAGCGUCGCCAUAUGCAAUGAGCAGAGGGGAAUGAGGAGAAUGCACAGUUAAACAUGGAUUCAAACUAUCUAAGAAAUGGCUCAGACACUCUUGGUUAUGAUACCGGUCGGGCAGAUUACGCUUACAAUCAUACUUAUCGGCAAACCCCACAAUAUCAAAAUCACAGAAAGUUUGCGCCGCCACUACACAAUCUUAAGGGGUUUGAUGACCGGUCCAAGCCACGAGGACUGGACGCAGUUAAGCUGAAUCGAUGUCCCGACUACCUGAUUGCCAAACCUCUGCAGGACUUCGAUGCUUCCGAAAAUUAUGACACCCCCGCCACCGAGACGUUCAUCAUCCUAAGCAGACGCGGCAAGAGCGGUCAGGACCAGGCCCAUCGCUUCACCACGACUCGCUGCCUUUACAUGAUGGGCCCACUCAAUCCCGUCAGGCUGUUCGCAACGCGCAUUCUCGUUCAUCAGUAUUUCGAAGCCUUCGUCAUCUUUAUCAUCCUCGUCAACUGUGUUUUUCUCGCCUUGGACCAUCCCCCAGAGGAAGCAGAGUAUGUGUUCGCUUUCAUCUACACAUCCGAGAUGUUCCUCAAGAUCAUCGCCAAGGGAUUCGUCAUGCACUCGUUUGCAUACCUAAGAGACGCGUGGAACGCCUUGGACUUCUUUGUCGUGAUUAUGGGAUAUGUAACGCUGGCUCCAAAUAUCGCCAAUUUCUCCGGCAUCAGGACGAUACGUGUGUUACGAGCGCUGCGCACAAUAUCAGCCAUGAAAGGUUUAAAGGCAAUGGUUAACACGCUGCUUCGCUCCAUGAAGAUGCUGAGCGACGUCCUCGUCUUGUUCUUAUUCUUCCUUUGCGUCAUGGCGCUGAUCGGGCUACAGCUCUUCGUUGGGGAGCUACGAAAUAAGUGUGUAUUGAACCCAACAGAGCCCUUAAAUAUGACACUGAGAGAAUAUGCCGCAAUUGAAGAGAAUUGGUAUGUAGGCGAUGAAGAUCCCGUCAUAUGUGGAAACUCUACAUCCUCAAUACCGUGCCCAGAAAACUACACAUGUUUACCUGGCGCCGGGCCAAACCCUAAUUACGGAUACACAAACUUUGACAACAUUGGUUGGGCACUUGUCAUGGCCUUCCAAUUGCUAACACUAGACUUCUGGGAAAACCUGUACAACAAGAUCAUCGCGUCCGUUGGGGCCUGGUACGUGUUCUAUUUCGUUGGCUCCAUCUUCUUUUGCUCCUUCUAUCUGCUGAACCUUGUGCUUGCAGUGGUCGCCUUAUCGUACGAACAGGAGAUCAGGGCGGCGGUACAUGAGAAAGAGCGACUGUGGAAGGAAAAGCGGACUGCAGUGUCAUAUCCUGCAGAUGAGGAAACACUUCAGAGACUUCGACCGCUUGACAUCAGCCUGGAAGUACAAAUACGGACCAUCAAGGCUAUUCGACUCGCUAAAGAGGCCAUCUUGGAGGCGAAAAACAAAACACCUGAACAGAAUGAAUCCAUCCUCAAGAGGAUAGCAAGCAAAGGAACGUUUAAGGACGUGCUUGAUCAGAAGUUGAAGAACGUUGAGUUUCGUAAGGACAUGCGCUUAAAGGCGAGGUUCCAGAGGCUGCUCCUUAAAGGCAUCGAUCACCCGGCAUUUGAGAUUGGUGUCAUGUUCUUCAUCCUUGCUAAUACAGUGAUCUUAGCGCUUUACCACCACGGCAUUGACCACGAGUUUAAGAGGAUCUUAGAUAUACUAAACUUGUUCUUCACAGCGAUAUUCACGUUUGAGAUGGGCGUCAAGUUACUCGCGCUCGGGGUUAUCGACUACUUGCAGAGUCGAUGGAACAUUUUUGAUGGCAUCAUCGUCAUCGUCAGUCUGAUUGACACUGUGUUCGAGUUGGCUAACAUCCGCGAGUCGGCAGGGACAAGUAUCUUCAGAACAUUUAGACUGGUGCGGAUUCUCAAGCUAGCUCAGUCCUGGAAGACGAUGGGAAAGCUGCUCUCAACCAUCGGCAACAGCGUUGGACCAAUCGGAAACAUCACCCUCAUCCUGGUUCUCAUAAUUUACAUAUUCGCCGUCAUGGGGGUCAAGGUAUUUGGUAACGCGUACACGGAAGAGGUGUUCCCCGAUGGUAUCCCUCGCUGGAACUUCAAUGAUUUCUGGCACUCCUUCAUGAUGGUGUUCCGAAUCUUGUGCGGGGAGUGGAUCGAGCCUCUGUGGGACUGCAUGAAAGCGACCAAUCCUGGUGCCAUACUGUUUUUUAUCCCGGCGUUCGUCAUUGGUAAUUUUAUCGUCUUGAACCUCUUCUUAGCGCUGCUGUUGAACGCUUUCGACAGCGACGACGACGACGACGACGAUGACAACAACGACAAGGAGCCGGUGAUAACGCGGUUAAAGAGAAAGAUGACGACAACCAGACGAUGGUUCGUCCCUCUCCAUCAUCCGCAACCGACAUCGGCUAACGGCUCGGCGAUCAACGAACUAGAUGAUGAUGAGCUGACAGUUAAACCUAACGCCACACAGAUGAUGCCACGACGGAUGUCCACUACGUCACUUGGUAGUACUGCCACCGGGAGUGGUGUAACGCCGUCCGCCAAGAAGCGUCCCCAGGGCGAGAUCCUCAUCACUGAGUGCUUGCCCGAGUGCCUCGUGUCGCCGUGGGACUGUCUGCCGUGCACGGCGCACUGGUGGCUCAGGUUUCGGGCCAAGGUCCGGUUCAUCGUUGAGCACAAAUUCUUUGAGUGGUUUAUUCUCCUGCUGGUCUUCAUCAGCAGUUUUGUGUUGGUAUUCGAGGACGUGCACUUGAAAGAAAACCCGCGGUUGGCGUACGCGCUGGACAUGCUCAAUUAUUUCUUUGCGGGGAUUUUCGCCCUCGAGUUCGUGCUGAAGAUUAUUGGAUUAGGUGUCAUUGAAUUCUUUUCUUCAUUCUGGAAUUUUCUUGAUGCCUUCAUUGUUGCGGUUUCCUUGGCCUGUGUCGUCCAGGACAAAGGUCUUGCCGUAUUCCGGUCGCUGCGUACAGUACGCGCUCUGCGUCCUCUUCGAGCGGUCUCGAGACUCGAGGGAAUGAAGGUGGUGGUAAAUGCUCUGUUCGCCGCCAUCCCAGGCAUCGCCAACGUGCUUCUCGUCUCUCUCUUGUUCUGGCUCAUCUUCUCAAUCCUUGGCGUGCAGCUGUUUGCUGGAAUGUUCUUCAAGUGUCUUGAUAUCCAUGGCAACAGAUUACCAAUUGAUGAGAUUAACAACAAGUCCAUGUGUCUUGCACGUGCUAACGACAGUUAUUACUGGACGAACUCCAAAGUUAACUUCGACAAUGUCAUAUACGGGUUCUUGGCAUUGUUUCAAGUUGCCACAUUUGAGGGUUGGAUGGAGGUGAUGGGGGACGCGGUGGACGCGAGAGGACUUGACCUACAACCAAGUGACGAGAGUAACUUUAGUGGGUACAUCUUUUUCGUCAUCUUCAUCCUCAUUGGAGCCUUCUUCGUGCUCAACCUUUUCGUCGGUGUCAUCAUCGAUAACUUCAACACUCUCAAACGCAAGUACGACGAGUUGAGCGGCAUGGGAAUGCUACUGACCGAGCGACAGAGAAAAUGGGUUGACAUGUUGAAGGAGGCCGCUAAAACGCGGGCACCGUCACAGGCAAUAAGACCCAAUGACAGGAUACGCGGGUGCAUAUUUGACCUAGUGACCGGCACAACGUUUGAGAUCUUAUUGCUGGGCGUAAUUAUGGCCAAUAUGGGCGUGAUGAUGGUACAGCACUACGAUCAGUCGGAGGACGUCACGAUUGUCUUGACCAAUCUCAACCGCGUGUUCACCGCUGUCUUCUUACUCGAGACCAUCGCUAAGCUAGUCGCGCUAAGGCUUUACUACUUCCGUAAGGCGUGGAACGUGUUCGAUUUUUUAAUCGUCUUACUCUCCCUCGUAGGUCUUUUCAUGGACGAGCUAAACACCGGUUAUGGGAAUCCAAGUCUCCUUCGCGUAAUGAGGAUAUUCCGAGUCGCUCGCUUACUCCGUCUGCUGGAAUUCGCCAAGGGAAUCCGCCAGCUCCUCGUGGCUUUAAUCAUCUCGCUGCCUGCCCUACUGAAUAUAGGAACUCUACUCUUUUUAGUCAUCUUCAUCUAUGCCAUCAUCGGCAUGUCGACGUUUGGCCAUGUCAAAAAGCAUGGCAAUAUAGACGAUAGCGUAAAUUUCCAGACAUUCGGCAACUCCAUGAUGGUGCUGUUUCGUCUGUCGACAGGCGCUGGCUGGAAUGACAUUCUAGACUCGCUAAUGGUCCAGCCACCGGAAUGCGACCCCUAUUUCGGCGGGGAAGACUUGCCCAAUGGUGAUUGCGGAUACCCACUUGGAGCACCUCUGUAUUUAGUUUCUUAUAUCAUAAUCGUUUUUCUUAUAAUUGUUAAUAUGUACAUUGCCGUUAUCUUGGAAAACGUGAAUCGAGCACAGGAGUCGGGGAAUUUCAUCUUCAAAAAAGAAGACUUUGACGCGUACUUCAAGAAGUGGAAUGAAUAUGCCGUCGGCGGCAAACAGUACAUUCCAAUUCACAAACUUUCCGCAUUUGUAGCAGAUCUGAAUGAUAAGUUCAGGAUACCGCAGCCGAAUCAUCAAAUACUUGUUACCAUGGAUAUACCAGUCAGGAUCGGCUCCCGAAUCCACUGUUUCGACUUGCUUCGUGCAUUAGUGAAGCGACUUCUCGAGAUGCAAGGCGAAUCACCUGAAGCCUUCGACCAAAUUGCUAUAAAACUCGAAGCGCAAUUCAAAAAGUCUUUUACUAAGAAGGUAUCGUCUCCCCGUAAUGGGGGUUCGCUUACUAACGGGUCAUACGGACCGCAGGACAGCGCCACGAGCGUGUUACAGCGCGCCGCAAAGAUCCUCACUGCGCGCAAGCCCUCACAUCACAUGGAGGCCGCCAUGUUUAACAAGAUGGUACAAAGGCGAGAAGCGCUUGGAUUGGAGCGCGGAGACUCGACGGAGGACAAUGAAUCAGUGUUUGAGGAAAACAACUACGACGACAACUACGAUGAUAACUACGACGAGAAUUACGAUGAGAAUUACGAUGAGAAUUAUGAUGAGAAUAAUGAGUAUUAUUCCGAGGAUUCCCAGGAAGACAGAGAACCCUUACCGUAUAACGCUAAUCCUAAGGACAGAAAGAAUAGCCAGACUAAUGGACGGCUAGGGAGCAUGGGGAGCCAGAUGCUAUCGAGUCUAGGACUUGGACGAUUCGAUACUUCACAGUGGUGGAUAGGGGGGUCCAGAUAACCAAAGGAUGACCACAGAGUGACGAUAGGAUGACCACAGAAUAAACACAACAUAACCAAAGGACGCGCGAAUCUAUCUGUUGAAGGGCUGUGCACCAGCUACACACAAGGCGUGCGCAGUAGAGGCUUUCAAAGUAAACCAAGAAAAACCUCGUGGUCUUCAAUAUGCGCUUCAGUACUUACAACGUCAGAGACGACGGCAGCGCACAUGUUAGAUUCAUCCCUCUGGUCAGCGGAUGACCUGUGUGCUGACCAUGUAGUAGAUAAGCUAUCUUGCGGCUAACUUGUGGCAGAUUGUUUAGCUAAUCAUGGCCUCAAAGUGUAGGCAAUCAUUAAUUUAAAUCUUUAUUUUAAGAACACGACAAAAGGGGUCUGGGUCGAUAAUGUAGACCGAAGAAAUCGUUCCAUUCCUUCGCGACGAAGUUAUGCUAUCAUCUGAGUAAGUUAUUGAAUCUUGUCAAGAAAGACGGACUAAGAAUGGCUGAUACAAAAAGAGUUAUGUCUCAUUCAACGUCAUCAUAGGGAGCCCUCAUGAUGACUAUGAGUUUAGUUAGCGACGUCAAUGAGCCAAAUGUCUGUUUCAACCUUUGAAGUGUAAUUUAAUUACAUUUUUACAUUUUAGUGCAAUAAACCUUUUUCUCCUCAA